GACGCCUCUAUCUCACAACCUGGGUAUGAUUUGGGAACAAUGGCCUCUGACGGGUACGAAUCGAUUGCUGACCCAUGGAUAGUCUUCUCCAUCAGUACCGCCUGCCUGGGCGGAGUCUCCGUCUUCGAAUACUUUUAUCGGUUCUACAACCUGUUUAGGAAGGGUUCAAAGGCCAGGCCGCUGAAUGCACGGCGAUCAUGGGUACGUUUGGCAUACAAAUCCAUUCAAAGGGAUAAGCCGUUGACGGAAUUCUAGCUGGACUUUUUCCACAUCAACU